AUGAGCAGCCCUCGCUGGCCGGCGGCGACGCCGCCGCUGGAAGACGAGGAUCUGCUCACCGAGAUCCUCCUCCGCCUCCCCCCGCAGCCUUCCUCCCUCCCGCGCGCCUCCCUCGUCUGCCGUCAAUGGCGCUGGCUCAUCUCCGACCCACGAUUCGCCCGUCGGUUCCGCCGCCGCCACCGCCGCAACCCUCCCCUCAUCGGCUUCUUCGACAUGGGUCCUCGCAGCCUCUACUUCGUACCUACAGUGGAUGCCCCCAACCGUGUCCAGCCCGAACGCUUCGGCUUGCAGUUCGAGGACGGCGACCAAUUCAUGCCCCUCGGAUCCCGCCACGGCCUCGUGUUCGUCAUCCACCUUUCGUUGAGCCGGGUCCUGGUGUGGGAUCCGGUUACCGCCGACCAGCACCUCAUCGCCCUCCCCCCUGGGUUAAUGGGACAUCUGAACAGGACCAUGGUCCACGGGGCGGUGCUUCGUGCUGCCGGAGAGGACCAGCAUUUCCAGGUGGUUUUGGUAGUGGCAGAUGACGAUUAUGACAUGCAGGAUAGGCAAAUGCUGGCCUGCGUUUACUCCUCGAGGACCGGUGUGUGGGGUGAUAUCAUCUCAGCGCCGCUUCCGCCCAAGGUUCCUAUCGGCAGCCGGCCCCUCAUGGUUUCUCCGUCCAAGGAAGCUGUGUUGGUUGAUAAUUCCCUUCACUGGAUGCUUUUUGGGAGCUUAGUUGGAAUUCUCGAGUUUGAUUUGUUGAAGCAGAGCGUAGCCGUGAUACCGACACCAGUGGGUGUGGUUUCCUCCCACGGCAGACAUGAAUUGACGGUUGUACGGGCAAAGGGUGGUGGCCUUGGUUUCCUAAUCGUGAUAGUCUUCUGCGCCCAAUCAUGGAGGAGAAAGACCGAUUGUCAUGGUGUUGCUUCAUGGGAGCUGGAAAGAACUAUCGAACUGGACAAGCUACUUCCCCUGAAUCAAGAGAUGAGAGCACACUUAUACAUAGUAGGGUUUGCUGAGGAGAAUAAUGUGGUGUUUGCGUGGACACCAGUUAUCGGCCUCUUCCUGAUUCAUCUUGAGUCAUUGCAGUUCAAGAAAAUUCCCCAUCCCAGCAUGCUUGCACGUUAUCUUCCAUUUGAAAGUGUCUUUCUUGCAGGUAAUAGCAUGCCUUUACACAUCUCAAAAUAA